GAACAAACUACCGGGAAGAAGUCAGCGGCAAGUAAAGCAGCGCCGCCGAGGCUAAACUUUCGGAUCUAUCGAACUAAAAUUGUCAUGUAGUAGCUCUUUCUCUCUCUCUCUCUCUCUCUCUCUCUAUCCUUCUCUCUCUCUCUCUCUCUCUGUCUCUCUCACUCCCAGGCCUGGGCUCUAGCACUCCUGGUAAAGUCCCCCUAUCGUCGCGUCCCUCGACAAGCAACCAUCCCCACUACUUUUGGUAGGAGUCGCACUGAACAACCGAAGAGGGAAGAAAGUGAGAGACUACGGUGGGGCGAACGUCACGAGGCGCGAGAAAGAUAGAUGAAGAAGAGAGAAAGAGAUCGAGAAGGAGGCUCGGCUCCGACGGACCUAGUUGGAGUGGGGGUAUAGAGGAUACAGGGAGAGAGUGUACGUUCCUGGCCAGACUCAGCAUAUUUUAUUGUCGCGUUUGCCAACGCUGUUGUUGCUGCUGUUGUUGCUACUGUCGCUACUACUGUUGCUGCCGUUGUUGCUGUUGUUAAUCGACGGCGUAUCUUCGCCGAUUCUCGCAAAGAAAAGACGAAAAGAAAGAGAGAGAACGCUCGAUCAACCCUUCCCUCUCCAAGAAAAGAAGAGGAGAUAUCGUACUAGUAGUAGAAAUAGUAAUAGCAGUAGUAAUAUUACUAGGAAUAAAUUGCAGUAGUAGUAAUAGUAUGUCGGAGAAGAGGAGAGAAGAGAGAAGAAACAACACGCACGACAUCCAGUCUAACUAAGCUAGAAGGAUUCGCGUGGCUGCCACCAACGGAGGUGGCACCUGCCCCCCACCACAGCCAAGUGGCAGGGCCUGCCCUGUCCUGCCCUGCCAUGCCCUGACCCUGCCCUGGACCCACCCACCCAACUCGAGACUCCUCGUACGAAGCAAAGCCGUCUUCCUCAGAAAAUAUUCUACCCUUCUUUUUUCUACUUACCUACGCCGAAGGAAGCAACUUCACGUUACGGGAAUUGAUCAUCAUUAAUUGCGUGCGCGCGCGUGCUCGUUCGUUCGUUCGUUCGUUCGUUCGUUCGAUUUGUUUGUUUGUUUGUUUGUAGUGUAAGUGCGUGUGUGUGCGUGCGCGCGUGUUGUGCGUAUCCUUUCCUUUCUCUUCUCUAAUAACGAAACUUCGUCAAGAGACGAUCAGCUGAAACGAUUUGAUACGAUUUGAUACGUUUUGUGGUAUUACCGAAGAUAUCAUGGAAGAAAUCAACGAGGUGUAAUAGUCAAAGUGACAUUUAUCCCCUCCACUUUCAACGCCACUCUACUACAAUCAAGUCACCCUUUUAAGCAACCCCUCCACGCGUGGCUCACGAAGGGAGUCUCUUUUCACGAGCGAGACACGUCAGACGUGUCGACGAACGGAAAGGGCGAGAGAAAGAGAGGGAGAGAAAGAGAGAAAGAUAGAAAGAGAGAAACAGAGAAAGAGAGACAGAGAGGGGAAAGGAAUCCCACAGUCGGCAGAGCGCCGGCACCCACCACGCAGUGACUGCGCUCUCUCUUUCUCACAUCGCGCUUGUACGCGAGCGAGCGCGCACCGCCGAGUCCGAGGAUCCACGUGUUGUGUACGUCGUCGAAAGUCAUCCCGUCGCGGAUCUUAAAAAACCCUGAAAAAAACAACAAACGCGCGCGCGCGCGCGCUUCAGCUACGCGAAACGCCGUAGCGCAGUAUUCGCGAAGGGAAGAAUAUAGAUCGUAAAAUAUAAAAGAAAAAACAGAACGACAAAGAAAAAGGGAAGCGGUAAACUGAUACAUAUUGUCUGCUUACUUGGUUACAUAAAAGAGAGAUUGUCGUCAUCAACGUGUUGGAAAAAAAGAAGAGGAGCCAAGAGAAAAGGGCAAGAAGAAUAAGAGUAAGAAUAAAGGUAGAAUAAAAGGGGGAUGAAAAGGGAAAAACUUUGAAGAAGAAGGCUAGAAGAAAAAUGAAGUGAGAAGAGUAAAAGAGAGGAAGCAGCGGAGAGGAGACAGACGGAGAGAGAGAGAGAAAGAGAGAAAGAGAGAGAGAGAGAGAGAGAAAGAGAAAGAAAGAGAAAGAAAAAAAAAAGAAAAAGGAAAAGAUAGGAGAGAACUACCGAAGGCAGCCGCCGCGCGCAUCAGGAGGACGCGCAGAAGAACGAUUUGAGAAAGAUCGGAGAGAAAAGGCGAAAAGAAGGUUUCUAACUAAUAACUGUGACUCUGGUUGAAUUUCCUUUCUUCAAUUUUUUCUUUUGAAAUAUAUAUACACAUACACACAUAUAUAUAUAUCAUCGUUAUUAUUAUUAUUAUCAUAUCUUCUCGUGAAAAAUCCGUACAAGAAAGACAGAAGAAUAAUAAUGAAAAGUUGAAGAGAAGAAGGAAAGUAAAUUGAAAAGAAGAUAAGUGCUUGAAGGAUUCUCAAAAGUGAAAUAAUAAAGGGACAAGAAAAAAGAAAAAGAAAGGCAGAGAAGAACUCGUGAAAGGAAACCCGUUCGAUGAGGAAGAAGUGUCACGAUUUAAAUACGAUGAUCGCGUAGCGGCGCCCGACUAUCACGGCCCUGAGCGGCCGACACAUCAUGUCACAGUUCUCCUUCCGAGGAUCGCCAAAUCUACAGUGUCCUGUGACAAUAAACUCGUCGUUAGCGUCGUCGUCGGGCUCACCAUCGUCAGGCGUUCACCUGAGCGCAGGAAGUUCGUCUUUGGUGAGUGCGGCGUCCGGCGGAGGGACGACGAAUCAUCCUCUUGGCGUGGUGGGUGCCGUGCCCGGUGGCGGGGCCGGUGGUCUGUCGAACGCAAGGAUGGCGGUGACGAGCGCGGUUGUACGGCCACCGGGGAGUCCAACAGCCUCGGUGAGUCCGUCUCAAGGUCACCCACCGCCAACGACGGCAGGCCCAACAGCCGCUAGGUGCUGCGACACCGGCAGACCCAUCUUCACGGACCCCCUCACCGGGCAAACUGUCUGUUCUUGUCAGUACGAGCUACUUGGUGGUUAUCAAAGACUCGGAGCAUUACCAACUGCAGCUCUAUCGAUGUAUAGCGCACCCUACGCUGCUGCAGCAGCCGCUGCUGCUUCCGAAGGCAUGGCUGCUUAUUUUCCAAGUCUUGGUGCUGAACAGGCACCGUUCUACACGCCUACCGCUGCUGGACUCGAUUUGAAGGAAAAUCUUGGUGCAGGUGCAGCGGCAGCAUGGCCCUAUCCCUCGGUUUAUCAUCCCUACGAUGCCGCAUUCGCGAGUUAUCCGUUCAAUGGUUACGGUAUGGAUUUGAACGGUGCAAGGCGGAAAAAUGCAACGAGAGAAACGACGAGCACGUUGAAGGCUUGGCUGAACGAACAUAAGAAGAAUCCUUAUCCUACUAAGGGUGAGAAGAUCAUGUUAGCUAUAAUCACGAAGAUGACGUUGACGCAGGUCUCGACGUGGUUCGCCAAUGCACGGAGGAGAUUGAAAAAGGAGAAUAAGAUGACGUGGGAACCACGUAACAGAGUCGAGGAUGAGGAUAACAAUAACGAGGAUGACGACAGUGGUAGAAAGAGCGUCGAUGAAAAGGAUCGUCUCGAUUCAAAGGAUUCGGGUACGGGUUCGAGCGAGGACGGUGAACGGCCAGCUCACAGAUUGGACCUAUUGCACGGCACCAGUGGUGGUUCAGCUGGAGCUCAAGGUAGAACGGAGAGUGAAUGGAGUGAGUCACGUGCGGACAGUGGUCCGGAUAGUCCGGAAUGUCUUUACGAUCAAAGGGAGCCAAGGCAUCCUUUACAGCUUCAACAUCCGGCGUACCUUGCAUCAAGUCACGGGCGAUUACUUCGUCACCCAUCGCCUGAGAGUACGUCACCUAGCAGUCAUCAUCAUUUACCACCAAGUACGAGUGCACCAUCGACGGGUAGUGCAGUAACGACGAAGCCAAGGAUUUGGUCGUUGGCUGACAUGGCAAGUAAGGAUGGAGAACAACAAAGUCCUAACGCAACGACGAUGACGGGUCUGACGUCGCCGUAUGCUGGUACGGGAGGAGGUGGUGGAGGUGGAGGUGGUGGUGGUGGUGGUGGUGGUGGUGGUGCUGGUGGUGGUGGUGGUGGUGGUGGUACUGGUGGUGGUGGUGGUGGUGGUCCUGGAAAGUUAGUGAGUCCAUUGGCGAGUCGUCUACCACCUCAUCACCCGUUACAUCCAGUGAUGCAUCCAGGUACCCAAUUUGUAAGGCCUCACCCGGACUUUUACCGAAACUUCUAUGGGGCCUCUCACCUUGGUUCCGGAGAUAUGUCAUUGCUCGAAAGUUACUCGAGAACAUUGGGUGGUCUAGGAGGAGUUAUGCCUCCGUCGACCGCUCCAAGCAUAUUAACGUCAUCCUCAUCGUCAAUAGCUGGCGCCGGUAACGCUAAACCGUUCUCGAUCAAUGGAAAUUCCGGUGUUAGUGGAGGACAUACGGUUAUGCUUACCACAGCUUCAUCCGGUCUCUCGCCGUCGUCAUCGUCGACGGCAUCAUCGGGUGGAUCUGAUCAUUCGCCUCAUCCUACCGGUGGCUUACCCCCGAGUCAAGAGCUCAAAUCGCCUGGACGAGUGUGAUUCGACGUAUAAUAAAUAAAAAUAAGUGUCUCGACUCUUGAAACGAAGAUGUAAGAGAAAGGGAAUGGGAAAUUACGACGAGAGAACUACAACAACAACAACAACAACAAUAACAACAACAACGACAAAGGAAAGAAAAACAAGAAAGAAAGAAGGAAAAAAGAUGAGAAGGAGAAGGAGAAAAAGAAGAAGAAGAAGAAGAGAAAAAAAUAUAGAGACAAGACUUUAAGGUCGCCAUACGAUAUUUCAUCGUAUGCGACAAACUGUGCUGUGCUCUGGUGUGUCCGACAAUAAUGACAGAACUACAAUCUUGUAAUUAGUGUACAGUGUGAACGACAUUGGAGUAUAAUAACUUCACAACACGGCCACCCUUUUUAUCCCGCUUUUAUCCUUCCUCCUUCCCUUUUUUCCUUCGUUCCUCAUCCCGAUUCCUUUCCCGAUUCACAUCCGGUUGUCUUCGAUCAACGAGAAAUCGU